AUCUUCGAGCAGGGUACCGACGAAGUUCAGUCAGCCUUCAAAUUUGCGAUGUACAACCACAACCAGAAUGCCACGACUCGGAAGUUCGAGCUGCAGGCUUUCGCAGACUUAAUUAAUACCGAGGAUGUUUACAAGCUAUCUCGUCUCAUCUGCAGCCAAUUCAGCAGAGGGGUGUUCUCCAUGCUGGGCGCCGUGAGUCCGGAUUCGUUCGACACCCUCCACUCUUACAGCAACACGUUUCAGAUGCCUUUCGUGACGCCCUGGUUUCCCGAGAAGGUUCUAACGCCGUCCUCUCGUCUGCUGGAUUUCGCCAUAAGCAUGCGUCCGGAUUAUCAUCGCGCCAUCAUCGACACGGUGCGAUAUUACGGCUGGAAGAAAAUCAUCUACCUCUACGACUCCCACGACGGUCUGCUGAGGUUACAGCAGAUCUACCAAGACCUGAAACCUGGAAACGAGUCGUUCCAGGUGGAAACGGUCAAGCGAAUACAAAACAUGUCCGAGGCGAUCGACUUCCUUCGGAGCUUGGAAGAAUUGAACAGGUGGAGUAACAAGUACGUGGUACUCGAUUGUCCAACUGACAUGGCGAAGGACAUCGUGGUGAGUCACGUGAGGGACGUUGCACUGGGCAAAAGGACGUACCACUACCUACUGAGCGGAUUGAUAAUGGACGACCGAUGGGAGAGCGAGGUGAUCGAGUACGGCGCCAUCAACAUCACCGGCUUCCGCAUCUUGGAUGCUACACGACCCUACGUCAAAGACUUCCUCGCUGGCUGGCAUCGCCUGGACCCGGCCACGUAUAAAGGAGCUGGCCGCGAAUCCAUUUCUGCGCAAGCAGCGCUGAUGUACGACGCCGUAUUCGUUCUCGUCGAGGCGUUCAACAAGUUCCUGAGGAAAAAGCCGGACAGGAGCAACGUGAGGAGGACAGGGAUCCCGGGUAGCAGUCAAAUUAUCAAUGGCACCAGGGCGUUGGACUGCAACAACAGUCGAGAAUGGGUGACACCGUUCGAAUAUGGCGACAAGAUCUCCAGGCUACUCAGAAAAGUAGAAAUCGAGGGACUGACGGGAGAGAUCCGCUUUAACGAUGACGGUCGCAGGCACAAUUACACCCUCCACAUCGUCGAGAUGACGGUCAACAGCGCCAUGGUCAAAGUGGCCGAAUGGUCGGACGAGGCUGGAUUCCAGGCCAUCGCGGCGAAAUACAUUCGGCUUCGACCGCACGCGGAAAUCGAGAAGAACAGGACCUACAUCGUCACUACCAUCGUGGAGGAGCCGUAUAUCAUGAAGAAGAAGUCAGACACCGGAGAAAUCCUGACUGGCAAUGACAGCUACGAAGGCUACUGCAAGGACCUGGCUGACCUCAUAGCUAAGAAACUAGGAAUAACGUACGAACUGCGGAUAGUGAAAGACGGGAAAUACGGGAUGGAAAAUGCGGACGGUGGUUGGGACGGCAUGGUCGGCGAACUGAUUCGCAAAGAAGCAGACAUCGCCAUCGCUCCCAUGACGAUUACUUCUGAACGCGAACGAGUGAUCGACUUCAGUAAACCUUUCAUGUCGCUGGGAAUCAGCAUCAUGAUCAAGAAGCCUAUCAAACAGAAACCAGGAGUGUUCAGUUUCCUGAACCCACUGAGCAAAGAGAUCUGGGUGUGCGUGAUUUUCUCGUACAUCGGUGUAUCCAUCGUCCUUUUUACCGUGUCCAGAUUCUCGCCGUACGAAUGGCGAGUACUGACCCUAAGCAGCAGUGGAGACCCUUCGAUGGGGACGAGGAACGACCCCACCCUGCAGCACCCUCACGGGUCACAGGGUUCGCCGCACAUGCCGACCUCCAGCAUGGCGAACGAUUUCAGUAUCAUCAACAGCCUCUGGUUCGCUCUGGCCGCGUUCAUGCAGCAGGGCUGUGACAUAUCGCCCAGGUCAAUAUCGGGACGAAUAGUGGGCAGCGUGUGGUGGUUCUUCACGCUGAUCCUAAUCUCCUCCUACACUGCCAACUUAGCCGCGUUUCUAACCGUGGAGAGGAUGGUCGCGCCGAUUAACUCGCCGGAAGACCUGGCCUCGCAAACGGAAGUGCAAUACGGCACGCUAUCUCACGGAUCUACCUUGGACUUUUUUCGCAAGUCGCAGAUUAAUCUCUACAGCAAAAUGUGGGAGUUCAUGAACUCGAGGAAGCACGUGUUCGUGAAAACGUACGACGAGGGUAUACGAAGGGUGAGGACCAGCAAGGGGAAAUACGCUCUCUUGAUCGAGAGCCCGAAGAACGAGUACAUAAACGAGAGAGAACCCUGCGACACGAUGAAGGUCGGCAGGAACCUCGACGCCAAAGGGUUCGGCGUUGCGACGCCACUGGGAUCUCCUCUCAAAGACCCCAUAAACCUGGCUGUGCUGUCGCUGAAGGAGAACGGAGAACUGACGAAACUGGUGAACCGAUGGUGGUACGACAGAACGGAGUGCAGGCACGGGGACAAGCAGGACGCUUCGAGGAACGAAUUAUCCCUGAGCAACGUGGCAGGGAUAUUCUACAUCCUGAUCGGUGGCCUGCUGCUAGCGCUGGCGGUCGCGCUGCUGGAGUUCUGUUACAAAUCGCACACGGAGGCUACCAGAGCGAAGAUCCCACUGUCGGACGCGAUGAAGGCGAAAGCCCGACUGACAAUCGGUGGCGGUCGAGAUUUCGACAAUGGCCGGUACUACGCUCCGGCAAACGCGAUUGGCAAUACCGAGGGCGACCAGGUGCACAGCAAUACGCAUACCCAGGUGUAAAUUACCUGGACAGCCCAGGUGAGUCGCCCGCCAUCUCCCUGCCCACGCCUC